UCCACAUUACUGUGACGCAUAUUUUAAAGUUAUACAUCAAAUCUAUCUUACUCCUUUUAUUUCGUUAAAAACACAAUAAUCUAUCGCACAUUCAUUACUCUAGUCGACGGAAUAUGGAAUGCACUCUAAAAAUUUUGCAUGACUGAUUGAUUAUUGAACUCUCAUUUCUUUCGUAUUUAACCACUGAAAAUGUAAAAAGUGUUAUUAUAAUACAAGGAAAAAGUAAUAUAAUCAAUACAAUAUAUGUUAAAAUGGUAAAUGAUUAAAUGACAGUGUGAUAAUGGCAUUUUUGGAGUGGCGAAGGUUUCCUUUUUUCGACAACAGACCCGAUGUGGACGGCGGGAAGAUUGCCAAGGGACUUCAAGAUACAAAUGUAACGGUAGCAACAAGUGGCAAUGGACAUGUGGUGCUAUGUGAUGAUACGGGCUUGGCGCAUCUCAUCUCUCGCUCGUGGGACAUCACCACAUUCAAGGCUUAUGAAAUAACAAUAACCCAUGCAGUUCAGUUACCGCAUGAUCCGUAUCUGGUCACUAUUGGGGAUGAUGAGCCAUGCGUAAAUCCAUUGAUAAAAGUAUGGGAUUGGUCACGAACGGAUCGGCACAAGAAUCCCAUGUGUCUGCGGGUGUCGCGCGCGGUCCCCUCCAACCUGCAACCGACUCCCGCCACCGCACUCGCUGUCAACGAUAACAAGAAUCUACUGGCAGUCGGCUUCCAAGAUGGCUCUGUGUCGUUGAUCAAAGGCGACAUAACGAGACAACGCAGCAGUAAGAUGAGGACGCUCACCGAGUCUGGCACCGUUCCCAUUACAGGACUCGCUUUCAAAGGCACAGACAAGUUGUUUGUGGUGUCUCGAGCCAACAUCCGGCUCGUCUGGCUGAACACGGAGCGCAUCGACGUGCUGGACACGAUGGGCGCCGCAGUCGGCUGCUCCGUGCUCACCGACAAACAGCGGCUCACCGUCGCCACUAAUGACGCUAUAUACUGCUACACAACGGAAGGCAAGGGUCCAUGCUACGCGAUCGAAGGCGAGAAGGUCCGCCUCGACUGGUUCAGAAGCUACCUGGUCAUCACUACCAACGAGACCUCCAACAAGGUGGCAGCUUCCACCAGCUCCGCACCCGCCCAAAAAUCUCACCACGUAACCAUACUAGACAUACAAAACAAGUUCAUAGUGUUUUCACAAACCUUCGAUGAGAUAGAUGCUGUCUUGAUAGAAUGGGGUUCGUUCUAUAUACUAACGAAGAGCAAAGAAGUGAUAUAUUUGGAAGAGAAGGAUUUGCAGUCGAAGUUGUUUUUGUUGUUCAAGAAGAAUUUGUAUGAUGUCGCUAUCAAGAUAGCGAGCAGUCAGCAUUAUGACGAGGAGGGGCUGAACGAGAUCUACAAGCAGUAUGGUGAUCAUUUGUAUAGCAAGGGUGACCUAAAAGGCGCAAUAGAACAAUAUGUGAAAACAAUAGGUUGGUUGGAAACCUCCUACGUUAUACGAAAGUAUUUGGAAUCUAGACAUCUAGAGGCCCUAAUACAGUACCUGGAGGAGUUGCAUAAGAAAGGAUUCGCUACGGAAGACCACACGACGUUAUUAUUAACAUGCUAUGUGAAGAUAGACCAGUACGACCAACAGGGCAAGUUGAAGGAAUUUAUCAACUCUAAGGAUAAAGCUAUCAGUUUUGAUGUCGAUGUCGCUAUUAAGGUAGUGCGUCAAGUGAGCGCGGACGACGCGUUGUCGCUAGCAGCGAUACACAAACGGCACGACUGGUACAUGAAGGUGAUGUUGGAGGAUAAGAAGGACUACAAAGGAGCUUUAGACUACAUCGAGGACUUGGAGUUUGAGGACGCCGAUAUAUACAUGAAGAAAUAUGGGCACAGGUUGAUGCAGCACGAGCCGGAGAAGAGCACGCAGUUUUUAAAACUACUAUGCACGGACUACGUUCCGCGAAGUAAGACCAUAGACAAAAACUCCCAGUCCGACUUCAGAGACAUAGACCAGGCCUCACCCGACGACUACAUACACAUGUUCCUGAGCAACUCGGCGCGACUCAUCGAGUUCCUGGAACACGUGAUAGCGAACAAAACGCAAUGCUCCGAGCUUGGAUACAACGCGCUUAUAGAACAUUAUAUUCACGUUUGGAACAAAGCAGAAGAAACCGAAAAGAAAACAUACGAAGACAAAGUGUUACAAAUAUUGAAAGAUCCCGACUCCAACUACGACAAGGAUCAAACUCUUAUAAUAUGUCAAAUGUUGGGCUUCAAAGCGGGAAUGUUGUAUUUGUACGAGGAGAAUAAAUUAUGGCGCGAGCAGGUGGCACUGCACAUGCGCAACGCGGAAGCGGAGAGCGCGCUGGAGGUGUGCCGGCGGCGCGGCGCCGCGAGCCCGCGCCUGUGGCUCGACGUGCUGUGGUGGCCGCCGCCGCCGCGCUGUCUGCCCGAGCUGCUACACGUCAUAGACUCUGAAAAGUUGCUAUCACCCAUUCUAGUCAUCGAUUGUCUUACGAGUACGUCUACGUACACUCUCGGAGACGUUCGAAAAUAUUUAAUGGACGUCCUGAAGGCCGAGCGCGAGGUGAUCACCCGCGAGAAGGAGCUGGCGGACAAGUACCGCAGCGAGAGCGCGCGCAUGAAGGAGCACAUCCAGACCAUCCAGCACGAACCCAUCACCUUCCAGAGCUCGCGCUGCGCCGCCUGCACCAAGCAACUCACGCUGCCCUCCGUCUACUUCCUGUGCCAGCACUCCUUCCACCAGGACUGCUUCCAGACGUACUCGGAGUGUGAGCGGGAGUGUCCGAUGUGUGCGCCGCGGCGCCGCCGGCCGCCCGUCCGCGCCGCCGAGGCACUGCACGCGCGUCUGCACAGCGAGUCCGACCCUUACGCGGUGGUAUCGGAGUACUACGGGCGUGGGUUGUUCAACAAGCUGACGGUGGUGACGGAGGGCGGUGCGCAGGAGUCGCCCCCCGCGACCGCCGCCUCCGCCCCGGCUUCCGUGCCCUCCGCCGCGCCCGCGCCCACCCCCGCGCCACCCCCCACGUAUGGACCCGGGGCUGAGGCCAGGCUCAGGCUACAGGAGGGACAGAGCAAGCAAGUAUUCGUCGCAAACGCACCAAAGCAAGUACCGCCCAAAGGCACGUCCGUGGUCCCAAUGCCAGAGGGUCGCAUGCGACUUUUGGAGCAAACACCUUAUAGCAGCAGCUUAGAAGCAAACUUCAACAAACUAGAACCGCCAGUCCACACAAAAAAAUCACCAUUCGCCUCGCCAAAACCAAUGAAGAAGAUCAUUGUAGAUCAGCCAAAAAGUACUGGAGUUUCUCCUAAAAUAGGCAAGAAUCCGUUUGAAGAAGAACAUUAUGAUGAAUCUAAAAAUCCGUUCGCCGAUGAUCCGGAGAAUGAUCCGAAAAAUCCUUUUGCGGAUGAUGAUGAGGAGUACGAUAAAAAUUAUAAUCCAUUUUCGUGAGAUGUGAAUUCUUUGUUUUGGUGUAUUACAGAUGUGUUCGAGAUGUGAGGAAUAGACAGGAUUCGCAAAUCUUGUAAUGGAGGCAGUUUAGAAAUUGGUUAUUUGCCUAUUGUAUAUUUAUUUAAGGCUAUUUUGGGGUACUAUGCUUUUGAGUUUCCUCGUAUUGGGAUUUGUCGAUAAAGGCCUUUUUCCCUCAGCUUUAGUUUAUUUUUGUUCGAAGGACAUAAUCGUAAAUCAAUUAUUUUUGUAGCUGCAAUAUUUUUUACGUUUGUAUAGAUUGAAAAGUAUGUAUUUUACAAUGAGUUUAAAGAUCUUUUUAUUUAAGUUCUGUCGGUAAUUUAUAAAACAACUUUUGAAGUAAUAUAUGCCUAAUUGUUGACUGAGUAACGUCGCAAUAUUACUAUAGGUUCGUAAGUGUUCGUGUAACGUAGAUUCUAAUGUGUAUAUUAAGAUUUUCUAUACCGUACUGGCUUGUUUUAACACGUUGAAUGCCGUGUUGUUUUUGUAAUUCUGGGGUCCUAUAUUUUAUUGGAACAUAAUAAAUGAUGAUUUUAACCCAUUAUAAUAUUGCACAGGGCUUGAUAAACAAUAAAAUUAGUUAUGUAUUAUGUAUUUCUGUUUGUUUUACCAAUAAAGGUUGAUUCUUAUCAUUCAACAGAUUUAAAUUGAUUAUUAAAGUACAAUACAGACGCGAUGUGAUGUGUGUUUUUCGUAAGGAUGUUUAUUGGAACAGUAAAGUAACAUUCAUGAUUGAUAUGAUGUACGGUUUUCAACGUGUUGAUAUCCUCAUAUGUAUAAAUAAAAUUACGCUCAUCUACGAAUGUACAUUCCAUCUAUUUAUGUAUAAAGCCAAAAGUAUGUGGAAAUGCAUAGUUGUAUUCAUUUUGCACUGUUCGAAGUAAUAAAUGUACUAUUUUAAAUU